ACGUCCCAACUUCAUUGGAAUUGGGGUUGUACAUGAAGUAAUUUUUUUAGGUUGAUCUGACAAAACAUUUUUCAGCGUUUGCCGCUUUUUUGCUUGAGUCACGAUUUGUUUAUUGCAUCUUAUGCUCUUUUCACAGUUGGCUGUGAGUAAAUCUCAAACAUUGUAACUUUAAGGUGAAUGUUAGCCUCUAUGUGAACAAAGUUUGUGCAAAGACUUGUGCACAUUGUGGUGAAUGUUUUUGCACCUUAGCAGAUAAGGGGGCUUUUUUCAUUUGCUCCUUGAUGUGUAUGUGUGCAUCCUGUCACAGCGCACUGCUGGCCCUGUUUAGACCGCAGCAAAUGGGCCGCUUCCUUUCCACUGGCUGCUGCAAUCAGUCAGUCUAUUCAGCUGUGUGUGUGUGUGUGUCAGUGUGUGUCCUUAUCCCAUUCCCUGCUGCUAACAGCCCCUCCUUCCCCUAAUACACUCCUCCACUGACCCACCCAUCCCCCCUCCACUCACACACUCAUGCCACACGAGGCCCUGCAGUCUGUUUCAGUGGAGAAAGUUACCCCAGUGUGAGUGUAUGUGUUUAUGUGCCAGGCUGUUUUCCUGCUGGAGCGCACCACCUUCCACCAACUCUCUCCGUGCUGGGAGCUCAACUUUUGAGUUCUCUUAGCAACUGAAGGUAGCCCGAGCAUGAAGCGAGCCCCCAGAACCAAUGGAUCUACAGAGAGCCUGAGAAGACAGGAAACAGCAGAGGAACGCACCAAGGAGGUCAAAGAAGUGGCUGGACAGGUCAGAGUUCCAAGAACAGUAUUUGAGAUGGUUAAAGACAUGGAUGGACCUGUUGAGGACCCAGCGGAGGAAGAGGAACAGGAGAAUGAAGCAGUGAGAAAGAAGAAGGCUGCCGCUGAACAGGCUGCAGCUAGAGAAAGGGCAGCUCAAAGGCAACUCAUGGCCACCCAGGAGCUGGUGGACACAGAAAAGAACUAUCUGAAACACCUGCAGAUCUGCACGGUCACUAUCCGCAGCAACCUUCAGAAGCUACAGCCCCCCCUGGCAAAUCUGGAUGGGAUGUUCCAGCACAUAGAUGAAGUGAUGGACGUGUCUGGCAGACUCCUGAGCCUCUUGGAUCAGGCGCAAAUGCAGCCCAGUGAUCCUCAGUAUCUGGAAACUCUCUGUAAGGCUUUCCUGAACAUGUCACGAGACAUAGAGAUGGCAUAUAAGGAGUACCUGGCCAACUACAAUAACAUCACAGAAAUAGAGAACGGCUACAAACAGAAGGAGGCCCUGUGGAUGGAGAUGGUGAAAGUGAUCAAGUCCUCUGCGCCAGAGGUGAAUGCUUCCACUCUGAGCUUUUUCCUGGUAAUGCCCGUGCAGAGAAUUGCCCGCUACCCCCUGUUACUACAGACCAUUCAGAAGCACACAGAUGUUCAGCACCCUGCCUAUGCCCUGUUGGAGCAGACUGCCCACACAGCUGUCCAGCUGAACUGCAGGAUCAAUGAAUACAAGCGCUUCCGUGAAGUGGCUGAUAAGUAUAAGAAGACAGAAAACUUGACAAUCAAAGACAAGAUCAACCGACUGAGUGGCCACAGCAUUGCCAAGAAGACAGCCAGGCUGAGCCAGUAUAUUAAACAUGAGACUGGAAUGGUACCAAAGGUAAAAGAUGAGGAGUUUGAUGCCCUCGUUGGCUUUUUCUAUAUUCUGGAAAAGGCCAUCACAGAGCUGCAUGACAACAUGGACGCCUACCUCAGCCACCUGCAGUGGUUCCUCAGCUGCAGGACAGAGGAGGCUGACUUGGACCUGGAGGGCGAGAAGGCCGCCCUGUUCUCAAAGGAAAUCACUGUGGCACUCAGACAAUGGAUAUACCCUGCAUAUGAGGCCCGACUGAAGACUCUGGUCUUCAAACCCCUGUGCUCUCUGCGGGAGCUGAUGACUGGUCCACGCAACCUGAUCCGCAAGCGGCAGGACAAGCUGCUGGACUUUGAGAUGAUUGAGGAGAAGAGCAACUUGAACUAUGACGAACAGGCGGUGGCCAACACCUACAAAACCAUCAACACACUGCUACUGACCGAGCUGCCUCAGUUCAAUGGAAAAGCCCUACAACUGCUGUGGGCCACGCUAGGUGCUUUUAGCUGCUUGCAGAAGGACCUGGCCGCAGACAUGGAGCAGCUUGUGACCAGCUUCACGCAUCAGCUCCCACACAGCUAUCUGGACAGCAGGGCAUUCUGGGAGUGGGCGGAGGGCUCGGUGCUGGAGGAAGCCAGGAGGCUGGAGGCACUGUGUCAGAGUGUUCAGGACGAGCUCAACGCGCCCAUUGUGCAGGUCCCCAGCUCUGUGUCUGAGAAGUGGCUGAAAGCUCUAAUGGACAAGUACAACCCAGAGAAGAUCUACCAGCUAACUGGGCCGGUAGUGGCAACCCGUGACCUGGACCUCACACUGAACAAGGGCGAGCUGGUGGCUGUGAUCAGUGAGAUGGACACAAGAGGGGACCGUCGCCGCUGGCUGGUGGACGCAGGAGGUCCCCGGGGCUAUGUCCCAGCCUCAAAGCUGACCCGCUACCAACAUGUGACCACAGAUCCACCACCUCCUUCCCCUCACCUGACCGCCACAUCCAUCGGGCCAGGAAGCAGGAGACACUCGUACACACUCGGAGCUCAGCCUGUGGUCAGCAUGACUCUGCCCUGCUUCCAGGUCUAUGCGGGCUAUGACUUCACAGCUCGGAGCAGUCAUGAGGUAUCUCUUCGUGCGGGUGAACCCGUGCGUGUGGUGGAUCCGCAUGAUAAGCGGGGAAACACCGAGUGGAGUCUGGUGGAGGUCCGGGGACAAAGGGGCUAUGUGCCCUCCAACUACCUGGCCAUGCUACCCUCUGUAGUCGCCUCGCCCACCCUGCCCUACCACUAGCGUCCGUUGCCGUGGACUGUCACCAUAGCAACUGUGUCUCUGCUGCUGAAACUGUGUUUUCCUGCCCUCCACACACACAUACAUUCACACAUAGACCACCAUGAGCACUCUUACUGAAGGGCUCUUUAUAACUGUGGGGGUGGGUGAUUAUUCUACUGACUGGUGUGCGAGUUGGAGUGGUGCUUGGGCCCCGCCAUGAAGAGGUCGUUCAGGCCCUCCGGCUUAGCCUUGCUUACAGCCGCUGCAGGGAGGAUCACACUAACAGGUGGAAAUGAGCCGUGUGGGGCUGAUGUAGUGUGUGCUCUGUGUUUUGAGACUCUUCAGCAGCCCCAUUUGUCUGUGUGGAUCCGGCUGUUCUUUACAUGUGAUGGAGGGUGGCUGGAUGCUUCUUCAGUGUGAGGCAUUGGAGUGAUUGACAGUCUUUGGGCUCUAUGCCCUGCUCUGCGGUGGAGAGAAGCUCACGAUCCCUCAGAUUUGCUACUGAAUAUGGAUUUCAGGACAUGAGUCAGCUCUCUUCUGCACUAAUCUCAGUGCUGACUCUCUUGCAGAAGGACAGAUGAUCACCAGCACUGGAUUAAAUUUUAAAUUGUUUCUGGCUGGAAAAGCUACUAAUAUUUUAGUUCUUUUCAUCUUAUUGACUGUAAAAUAUCUACAGAAAAAAAUCUACUGGAUAAAACUUUUUCUCUAGUUGCAUGGCACUGUGAAACUGCAUACAUGUGAAGGAGUUUUUGCUAUUAGUUAAUUAAGAGGUGAAUACUGAUUUAAAUGUAAAGACUUGUUUAAAGCUCCACUGGAGAAUUACUAAAACACUGCUACAUUGACAGCAGGCAUAGCUUGAAGUUUACUAGCAUGGUGGCAUGAUUAAUGGUGCACAUUGUAUUAGGUGCUGUGGUAUUUUUGCUGCUCCAGAAUUUUUGUUGCUGUACCAAAAACCAUGAUACCAGUUAAACUGGCUCCUAUUUGAAGAUUUUAAACCUAAUUAUAACUGAAGCCACUGUUGUGUUAGAGGCUUGGUUGGCAUUUGGUUUGCUGCAGUGUGUGCUCUGCAUGGUAAGAGCCUCCUUGCUAUUACAUCAUCUCACCACUAGGGACAGCAAAGCACCAUCUGCAGAGCCUCGUCUAUCAUCACUGGCCAAAAGCUCUUUCUGUCCACACAUCGCUCACAGUAUGUACUCUGUAGGUUAAGAGACAUGGGCACUCUGUUCUGCACAGUGUUGAAUAGACUGCAUGAUUGCUUCAUGAGCAAGUAUACUUGAAUGUACAAUGAGCAGUGCAGCACUAUGAGCUUUUGACUAGAGCAUUACCUCAGUCAGUAUUGAGCUUAAUCCCAGAAAACAGAAUGGUAGGCUAUAUUAUUCUCUGAAUUCUCUCACAAUCGCCUUAGAGGGCUCCGGUGAGAAGCAAUUACUUGCCUUCUGUUCCCUGGUGAAGCUAUACUCGUGAUACAGGAGUAAAUUUUGUCUUAUUUAUUUUUAUUUAUUUUACCUUGCCAAAGCCCUGCAAUCAUGUCUAUAUUGAUAUGUAACUAGGUUGCUGAUUUGAUUUUGUAUAUUUGCCGAAAUGAAUCAUUGUUUCCAUUUAAAAUUUGCUAUGUCCUCUAUUGCUACAGUAAAAUGAUGUGAAGCUGCUAUGAAA